AUGCGUCAACGAGGUAGACCUCGUCGUUCUUCAAUGCCUGCAGUGGCACAUAAUAAAUCUUUUGAUCACCCUUAUGGUCGUCAACAACAAAGUCCUCCAGAUCGUUAUCAUUCAAAACAAUAUUACAAUAGUGGAGGCCCAGAUAGUGGUGCAGAUGGAGAGGGGGAAGAUGACGAUAGAGAAAGGCAACUUUCUGAUCGUUAUUCAAGAAUUCAAUUGGUAGAUCAUUGUAAUUCAAUGCCGCCUGUUGGGCAAGUGAAGAAUACAGCAGUGAGCUCCUCUGUCUCACAACUUCAAAGCUAUUUUUAUUCUGGUCCAGACCAUCAUCAUUAUGAUGUAACUCAUCCACAACAACAUUUUACUGAACUUAGUUCUUCUGAAUACUUAAACUAUCCACAACGAAUGGACGAUGAGGAAUUUGAUAGAGGUCAUCCAACAAGUCAAGAUGAAGAAGAAGAGGAAGAUGAAGAGGAGGAAGAAUGUGAAGAAGAAAUAUUUACUUCUGUUGGCCCAUCAAGUUCAAAGAGGAAGCGGGCAUUUUCUUUUUCAAGUGCUUCUUGUGCCUCUACAACAAAUACAAUGACAAUUAGUUUGGCAGCAGCAGGUGGAUGUGCAGGGUCAUCGACAAACUUUGCUCCAAUGGAGAAACGUCCAGCAACGAAAAUUUGUCGUGUUUGUGGGGAUAAAGCAUAUAGUUAUAAUUUUAACGUGAUAACUUGUGAAUCUUGCAAGGCUUUCUUUCGACGUAAUGCCAACAAAGAAAAAGAAAUUCGUUGUCCAUUUAAUGAGCAAUGUGACAUCAAUACAGUUUCUCGACGUUUUUGUCAACGUUGUCGACUUCAAAAAUGUUUUCGAGUUGGAAUGAAAAAAGAAUGGAUAAUGAGUGAUGAAGCUAGACUUGAAAAGAAGCAAAGAAUCCAGGAGAAUAGGGAACGUCGGGCGGCUGCUGCUGCGGCCGUUGCUUCUGUAAAUGCCGCUCUUGGAUUGGGUGGGCAAAUGGGAGGUUCUGCGGCAGUUCUUAAACAUUCUACGGAGAUGGAUCAACAAGAGUUGACUUUAAAUCAACAACAAACGAGAAAGAGUAUUAAACAGGAACAGCCACUCCUUCAAUCAGAUUCAAUAACUACCGCUUCAUUUCUUCAAACACAACAACAAACCCAAGCAGCACAACGAGUUGAAAUGUUACAAGUCGAGGCUUUACAUACUGAGCAACAACAGCAACAACUUGUACCUCAAUUGACACACCAGCAAGAAGUCCCCAAUCCACUAGUUACUGAUUUACCACCUUUGGCUGGAUUACAAAAUCCCUUCACUUCUCCAGCAGCCGCGCCAUUAUUGAAUACACAAACAACCGGUACUGAACAAGUAAUGGCUGCGGCUAAAGUAGCAGCUGCUGCACAAGUUGCGGCUGUUCAACAAGUUGUUAACCAAGCAGCCGCUGCUGUUCUACUUCAUCAUGCGCAUCAACAACAGCAACAUUUACAACAACAACUUGACGAUAUACCAAUGGAACAACAACCACAACCUGAACAACAAUCGCAACAACAAUUUAAUGUUGCAGACGAACUUCCUCCUCCGGUUGUUGGGGUUCCUGUUGGGAGUAGUACUUCUAUUCACACAACAGUGGCGGGUGGUGGACAUGUUGGGGAUGUUCAACAACCACAAGCUGCACCGCCUCCUGCUUUGGCUGCUCUAGUUGCUGCCGCUGCAGAAGAAGCAGCAGCAUUGCAACAGCAACAACCACAAACACUGCCUUUACAGAGUGAAAAUGUUGUGCAAGUUGAGUUAUACUUUCCUUUAAUUAGGUCAGAUCAAAAUAAUCUCUGA